AUGGAUAAAAAGAAGAAGGCAGCCUUGUUGAAGAAGCGCUUUGCGGAUGAGCAUAUUAAGGCGCUGGAGAAAUUUCAAUGUUCUUUCUCCGAAAAUGUGGCAAAUGAGGUGCUGGAUGCAUUAGAAUGCUUGGAACGGUAUAAGGAGGAAUAUUUCGCCGCGAUAACGCAGUUAAUGGAGUUGGACGAUAGCAACGAGGCUAUCGAAGUAUGCAUACAGGAGAGGAUCGCGAUGGACGAUCGAUGUCGUCAUGUGCGUGCGUUUUUACGAGACCGGCAGCCAAAGGAGUCGAACCUUCUCGGGGAAUCGACGCUAUUACCAAGUUCAUCGACCUUCGCGUUUAGCAAACCAAAUGCGUCGAACCUUCGUCUCCCGAAAAUCGAUCUACCUAUCUUCGAUGGCGAUUAUUCUAAAUGGCUGUCCUUUCGCGACCGAUUCAUAGCCAUGAUCGACGCAUCGACCGAGCUUCCUUCCAUUUCGAAGCUUCAAUAUCUUUUAUCUUCUUUACGUGGUGAAGCUGCUAUACCAUACGAACACACAACGUUGACGGCAGACAAUUAUUCAAUUACAUGGGCAUCACUUUUGAAUCGAUACGAUAAUUCCCGCAUGCUGAUACGAGAGUAUUACCGCGCUUUGCACCACUUCCCGGCUGUGCAAACGGAAUGCGUCGAUGAAUUGGCACAUCUAGUCGAUGAAUUUGGGCGACACGUUAAUGGUUUAGUGAAACUGCACGAGCCUAUCGAACAUUGGGAUACACCGCUAUCGAAUAUGCUGCUCAUGAAGCUGGAUCCGUCAACAAUACUGGCCUGGGAGAAGCAUUCUGUGAACCACGAUAAGGAUAAGUACAAGGAAGUUAUCGACUUUUUACACGAGCGGAUACGCAUCUUGAAGUCUUCCCAAAGGUUUUCUGGUGAAGCACGCCCAACUGCGAUCAAGGUGGCCGGCAACCAACGUCACUCUGCAACACAUCGGAGAUCGAUAACUAACAAUGCUUCCAUGGAACAUACACCAACCAGUUUUUCAUCCUUUCACCAACCGAAAUGCCCACUAGCGUGUGCCGACAAUCAUUCACUACGCAACUGUCCAGUAUUUCUCAGCUACGAUACACAGCAACGACGGAACCUAGUCAAAUCAAAGGGGCUAUGCUGGAACUGCCUUAGUGGAUCCCAUUUGGCAAAGGUUUGCAGAUCGUAUUAUUCUUGCCGUUCGUGCCACGAACGCCACCAUACGCUGCUACAUCAAACAGCACAACCGAAGGUUACUCUGGCCGCUCAUGCAGAGGAUGAAGCUGUAUUCCUCGAAACAGCUGUAGUGCUUGUUGCUGACGAUUAUGGGAAUCAUCACGAGGCGAGAGCGCUUCUCGAUUCGGGCUCGAUGUCCAACUUUAUGUCGGAGAGACUGGCUCGGAAACUUAUAACCACCCGCACCAAGGUGAAUGUUUCGGUUUCUGACAUCGGGAAAACAGUGCAGCAUGUAAGGGGAUCGAUCACGGCAAUCGUUCGAUCCAAGGCACAUCACUUCAGCACCCAAUUGGAAUUUCUCAUAUUGGACACCCCGUCGGCGGAUAUACCUACCUCACCAAUCAACGUGUCUUCCUGGGACAUGCCUAAUGUGACUCUAGCGGAUCCAACCUAUCACAUUCCCGGCAUGGUUGAUAUCGUCAUUGGAGGUGACGCGUUCUGGGAGCUGCAUACGGGUCACAAGCGUUCAUUACGCCCUGGUGGUCCAUGGCUAGUGGAGACGCAAUUCGGAUGGGCUGUGGCAGGAAAUACGUCACAGUCAUCACACACCCCUCGGAUCUGUCAUGUGGCGACGACCGACAACUCUUUGGAAGCAAUCAUGACACGCUUUUGGGAAACCGAGAGCAUACUUGAUGAUCCUGCUUUAUCUACGGAAGAGGACAGCUGCGAGAAGCAUUACGCUUCUACGACAACUCAUUCUUGGCACUAG